AUUUGGAACCACUGUAUGAUCUUGGAGCCAAGAUGGUGGACCGAUUAGCCAAUACAGAGGCCAACGAGAGAAGAAUUACCAAUGUGGAAAGUUGUUUUGGAGCAUCUGGACAACCAUUAUUGGUUCCAGGAAGAGUACUGGUUGGUGAAGGUGUAUUAACUAAACUGUGCCGCAAGAAGCCUAAACCACGUCAGUUUUUUCUGUUUAAUGACAUCCUUGUUUAUGGAAAUAUUGUCAUUAACAAGAAGAAGUACAAUAAACAGCAUAUAAUCCCACUGGAAGAUAUCAAACUGCAAUCCUUGGAUGAUGAUGGAAAUUUAAAGAAUGGUUGGCAAAUCAUUAGUGCAAAGAAGUCAUUUGCAGUGUAUGCUGCUACAAGGACUGAAAAAGCUGAAUGGAUGGCACACAUCAACAAGUGCAUUCAGGACUUGUUGGCAAAAACUGGAAAGAAGGGAACCACGGAACACGCUGCAGUCUGGGUUCCAGAUAGUGAGGCAUCCACUUGCAUGCACUGUUUCAAGAGCAAGUUCACUGCAUUAAAUAGAAGGCACCACUGUCGGAAGUGUGGUGGAGUUGUUUGUGGUAACUGUUCCACCAAGAAGUUCCUCCUCCCUGCUCAGUCUUCAAAACCACUGCGAGUGUGUGACAACUGCUAUAAUGUUUUAUCAAGUGGCAAGACCCAGUCAGAUCAAGAAUCAAAGAAAAAAACUGCUCCUACUCCACCACGAAAAGCAGAAAAAGAAGGAGACGAAACAUCUUCAGGAGAGGAGAACUCAGAUGACGAAGAGGCUCCUUCUGAGAAUCCUGCCUCAUCAGAGUAUCAAGUACCUACCACGCCUACAUUUUACCAAGGCAAUCAGGUGCCUGCUAAGGGGGAGGCGGACAGUGGAUAUGCAGAACCCAGCUCAAAUAAAGUAUGAUGCUGCACCAAAAUGAAGGAUUUGAGAGCUGAGAUGUUUAUCAAUGAAAAGGAAGCAUAUUUCAAUGUGGAAGAAGUUUUUUUAAAAUAUGGUUAUUUACAGAUAUAUAUAAUUACAUCCAUGAACCAAAGGAAAGCCAAUCAUUUCAAAGUUACAUUACAAACUUUUAUUUUAGUGAAUUGGACAAUGUGUCCUUUGUGGAUGGGAAAAAUCAGAGACAAUUUUCAAGGCAUCCCUUUUUCCUGCUGGUGCAGUACAUGCUUACCCCUCUUAGUUUACUUUAAAGAUUGGAAUCACAGGACAAUUGGCCCUCAACAAGGGAUCUUCAGUACAAGAAUUGCAGCAAAGCCUCUAGGCUUUUUUCCCAUAACAGUGAAACAUGCAUUAAGCAGAAAAAAGCCAUAGAGAACCCCAAUGUUUCCUGCAAGAAAUGAUUCAAAACUACAGUUAGACAAAAAGUUCAAAUAACCCUUUUCUCCCAAAAUAGGAUUUAUGAUCUGUCCUUUAUGUAUAGCAUUCCUAUACUUUCAUUAAUUACAUGUAAUAAGAGGGGAUUAUUUAUCAAUAUAAUUUUUAGGGCUGACCAAUCAAUUCUCAGUACCUGUUUUCUUGACAUAAUAUGGAGAUUGUGCGGAGAGGUUAUGUGUUGAUCAUUCUUUGGAGUAAAAGGGGAUAAGAAGAGAUCCUGUAUUUAGUCAAUACUGGGCUAUACUUUUCCCGAAUGCUUUGUUCCAAGGGACUUGAAUGAAAAAAAAAAAAACACUUCUAUGAAGGCCACUUAAGCUCCGUUAACUCUA